AUGGAUGCACAUUGCGAAGAUCUCGCCCAUGUCAGCUAUACGAACUUUGCGCUCUCACUCCUCAUCCUCGUUGGCAUCCUCGUCUCCUACCUCCCGCAGCACGUGCGGAUCAUCCGCCUGCGCUCCUCGUACGGCCUCUCACCCUACUUCGUCCUGCUAGGCACCACGAGCGGAACAUGCGCCUUUGCGAAUAUCCUGGUGCUGCCGCGCUCGAGGGCAGACAUCGCGUGCUGUCGGCAGGUCGAUGAGUUCGCAUGUGUAGCGGGCCUGCUGGGCAUCGCGCAGGUCGGCGUACAGUGGUCGUGCUUUGGAGUCAUCCUCCUCUUGUUUCUCAUCUUCUUCCCCCGCGGCGAAGUGGCACACUCUGCGCUCCUCGACGACGCCGCCGCCGCCGCCGGGGAUGACAACGACACGCCUGUGCCCGCACCCGUACCAGACCCACUCGUCGGCCACGGUCUCGCAAAGCCAAAACCCUCGAACCCCGAUUCCGACUACGACUCGGACGCCCUCGCGCCGUCGUACCGCACGGCGCUCGUCGUCGUGGCCGUGUGCGUCCUGCACGCCGCCCUGACCGCGAUCCUCAGCUUCUUCUUCAUCUACGCGGCGCCGCAACACGCGCAGUCGUGGGCCAACUUCCUGGGCGUGCUCUCCACGGCGCUCGCCAGCGUCCAGUACUUCCCGCAGAUCUACACGACGUACCGGCUGAAGCGGGUCGGCAGCCUCAGCAUCCCCAUGAUGUGCAUCCAGACGCCCGGCAGUUUCGUGUGGGCGGGAUCCCUCGCCGCAAGGCUGGGCCCCGAGGGCUGGUCCGCUUGGGGCGUCUACCUUGUGACCGGCUGUUUGCAGGGCUGUCUGCUCGGCAUGGGCAGUUACUUCGAAAUCACCCGCCGGCGGAGGGAGAAGGAAGAAUUGAAGAGACGUAUCGAGUAUAAUACGAGUGUGGAGGCGCUGGUAGAACCUGUUGAAGAAGAGCAGGACGAGGAUCAGGACCAGGACCAGGACCAGGACGCCUCAGAGCAUACGCCGCUGCUUCGUAGAGCUGAUUGA